UUAGCAGAAACCAGCAUGGAUUUAUGAUGUUCACAAACCGACUCACCCCAACCAACCUUCCUUCCUUCCUACACUUAACAUUUCAAAAACUCUCCAACAAGAAACUCCUCUCCUCUUCAAUUUUCAUCCAAAAACUCCCAGAAGAACAACCCCACCAGGCAAAUACAUUGUCAUUUGCUACUCUUCAUAGCCAUUCCAAUCUUGAGCAAACAAAACAAAACCAUGCCCUUUUAAUCAAAACAUUCGAAACCCACUUCAACUACUCCCAGUUUAGCCCCUUGGCACAAUACAAUUUUCUUAUAAGCUCUUAUAUUAAGAACAACCAACCCGGAACUGCUGUUAAUGUAUAUGCUUAUAUGCGAAAAAAUGGCACUGAAGUUGAUAAUUUUACUCUACCCACUAUACUCAGAGCAUGUAGUCAAGUAUUGAUGAGCCAGUUGGGGGCAGAGAUACAUGGUUUUGCAGUAAAGAAUGGGUUGGAUAUGGAUGUUUUUGUAUCGAACGCUUUGAUUCAAAUGUAUGGAGAGUGUGGGAGUGUAGAGUCAUCGCGCUUAGUGUUUGAUAAAAUGGCGGAUAGAGAUAUUUUUUCUUGGAGUACGAUGAUUAGAAGCUGUCAUAAGGGUAGAUUAUUUGAUGAAGCGUUGGAACUUAUAAGAAAGAUGCAAUUUUUGGAAAUGAGGCCUAGUGAAGUUGCCAUGAUUAACAUGGUCAAUCUCUUUGCAGACAUUGCAAAUAUUGAAAUGGGGAAAGCCAUACAUGCUUGUGUUAUGAGGAAUGGUAAGAAUGAGAAAUUGGGAGUUGCUUUAGCCACUUCUUUGAUUGAUAUGUAUGCCAAGUGUGGAAAUUUAGCUUCUGCAAAAAGGCUGUUUGAUGGGUUGGAUCAGAGGAGUGUAGUUUCCUGGACUGCUAUGAUUGCAGGGUAUAUUCGUUGCAGAAAGUUUAAAGACGGGACUAGGCUUUUUGUUCAAAUGAUAGAAGAAAAUGUAUUUCCAAGUGAGAUUACAAUGCUUAGUCUUAUAAUAGAAUGUGGGUUUGUUGGGGGUCUAGAGAUGGGGAAAUGGUUACAUGCUUACAUGUUCAGAAAUGGGUGUAGCUUUUCUUCGGCUUUGUCUACUGCUUUGAUUGAUAUGUAUGGGAAAUGUGGUGAGAUUGGAAGUGCUAAAGCUCUAUUUGAUAGCGAGAAGAGGAAAGAUGUUGUGAUUUACAGCGCUAUGAUUUCAGCAUAUGCGCAAGCUCAUUACAUUGACGAGGCGUUUGAACUCUUUGUUCAAAUGAGGGAGAGUCAAGUAGGGCCAAAUGAGAUGACAGUGGUUGGUCUUCUUUCACUCUGUGCAGAAGCUGGAGCACUUGACUUGGGCAAGUGGAUUCAUGCUUACAUAGAAAAGCGAGGUGUAGGAGUUGAUGUGGUAAUGAAAACUGCAGUCAUGGACAUGUAUGCUAAGUGUGGAGACAUACAUGGUGCUCAUAGGCUGUUCAGUGAAGCCACAAGUUGAGAUAUCUGCAUGUGGACUGCCUUAAUGAAGGGAUAUGGAAUGCAUGGUUUUGGCGAUGAAGCUUUGAAACUCUUUGCAGACAUGGAGAGAUUUGGUAUUAACCCAAAUGACAUCACAUUUAUCGGUCUCCUAAAUGCUUGUAGUCAUGUUGGAUUGGUUGCAGAAGGGAAGAGGAUUUUCAAGGAAAUGGUUCAUGAAUACGGUCUGGUCCCAAAGAUUGAGCAUUAUGGGUGCAUGGUAGAUCUUCUUGGUAGAGCAGGACUGCUUCACGAAGCUCAUGAGAUGAUUAAAGCCAUGCCCAUAAGGCCUAACACUAUUGUAUGGGGCGCUUUGCUUGCUGCAUGUAAGCUACAUAAGAAUCCCUACAUGGGGGAAAUGGCAGCCACGGAGCUUCUUGAAAUGGAACCACGAACCUGUGGUUACAAUAUCUUGACUUCAAACUUAUAUGCAGCAUCAAAUAGAUGGAAUGAUGUUGCAGGGGUGAGAAGAGAUAUGCAGGAUUUAGGAGUGAGGAAAGAACCUGGUUGCAGUUUGAUUGAAGUAAAUGGUUCACUUCAUCAGUUCAUAAUGGGAGACAGAGCACACCCACAAAUUGGAAAUAUUAAAGAUAUGCUAUCAGAGAUGAGCAAUAAACUUAAG